UCAAAAGACAGGUACGCAAUCCAAUUUAAUGAGCCUUGAUCCUUCUUUUUUAUCGGGUAAACGACGUUAUAAGGUCCUUCUUCGCGAAAAUAAAAAUCCUUUAGGAAGUUUGGAUCCUUUGGUUUUAACAGAAUUGGAAGCCCUUGAAGAAAAAUUUCCUGAGCUUAGACAAUUAAAAGGCGCAGCUAUAAAACAAGAUGUAGUACCAUCUUUAUCUACUGGAAGGGAUAAAGUACCUCUGCAACAAGACUAUGUGGAAUACUUAGAUAUAAAUGAAAGAGGCAAUACCGCAAACUUUCGUAAUUCUGCACCUCGAAUUGGCAACAACUCUGAAUCGCCUACUUUAUCUAAAAAAAACGAGGAAAGUAGUUCAAAGUUAAACGAAAAAAAUCAUUUGGAACGAUGCUUUGCAUUAGCCACUUUUGCUUUGAAUUUAUAUAGUGGAUUUUACAACAGAUCUGCGUUCGGUCCACUAAACUACGCAAAAGCACUGAUUUUUUCUAUAGCUAUUGCUUUGUUUCAUGUAUUCGUUUUGGAUCCCUGCUCACCAUUAGGCAUGCAUAUUAUGCCAUCCUUAUUCUGCAUCAUGAUCAAUCUAAGCAACCUCUACUCACUCUAUGUUCGCCAAAGGGGUCGGGUGUCUAUCCCAAUGCUAUUAGUUUACACCUGUCUUGAUUUUGUUCCUUCUUUGAUCUCAAUUUUCGUUUUUUACUUAUUGACAAUCGCCUCUUUGAAUAAAGUACUCGGUUCAAACCUUGACUUCGUGUGUAUUACUUCAUUGCAAGAGAUCAAAUAAGUUCUUAGGAAUAUAGAGUGGAGUCUUUGCAAUUGUAAAAAAAAAUAUCAUACUAAAUUUAGCGUUAAUGAUGAACAAAAUGAAGAAAAAAAAGUUUAUACAGUCUAUGUUA